UUGGAGAUUACUUGCAGCACCAAUAGUCUUCCUUUCUCACACUUCAACAGAAAACAUACGCCAUGGCUUCUUUGCAUAGUGACCAAGAAAUUAUGACUGCAUUAGAAGUGGAAACUACGAAUCCACUGCCAACCACUAGAAAUGGAAGAGCAGGAGGUGGUGCUGCUGCUGAGUGUGGUGUUACUGAUGGUGUUUACUUGACUUGGGAGGACUUGUGGGUGACUGUUUCAAAUGGAAGAAAAGGUAGCAAAUCCAUCCUGCAGGGCGUAACUGGUUAUGCCCAACCUGGUGAGCUGCUGGCUAUAAUGGGUCCUUCAGGUUGUGGCAAGUCUACCCUUCUUGACGCGUUAGCAGGGAGAUUGAAUUCAAAUAUGAAGCAAACAGGGGAUAUUCUAAUCAAUGGUCAUGAACAAAGAUUGGCUUAUGGCACAUCGGCAUAUGUAACUCAAGAUGACACUUUGAUCACAACCUUGACGGUUAGAGAAGCAGUUUACUACUCAGCUCAGCUUCAGUUGCCAGAUUCAAUGUCAAAAUCAGAAAAGAAAGAAAGGGCUGAAAUGACAAUAAGAGAAAUGGGUUUACAAGAUGCCAUGAACAUAAGAAUAGGAGGCUGGGGAGCUAAAGGCCUUAGUGGUGGGCAAAAGAGGAGAGUUAGCAUUUGUAUAGAGAUCCUAACACACCCAAAACUUCUCUUCCUUGAUGAACCUACAAGUGGGCUUGAUAGUGCAGCUUCAUAUUAUGUCAUGAGUAGAAUUGCAACUUUGGAACAGAAAGAUGGGAUUAGAAGAACUAUCAUUGCAUCCAUUCAUCAGCCUAGCAGUGAAGUCUUUCAGCUAUUUAAUACCCUUUGCCUUCUUUCUUCUAGCAAAGUGGUAUAUUUUGGCCCAGCUUCUGCAGCAAAUGAGUUUUUCGCUUUGAAUGGCUUCCCUUGCCCUACUCUUCAGAACCCAUCUGAUCAUUUCCUGAAAACAAUAAACAAAGAUUUUGAGAAGGAUCUUGAACAAGGUAAUAGUGAGGCAAUGAGCAUAGAGGAAGUAAUUGCUACCCUUAUAAAGUCGUACAAAUCAUCUACCAAUUACCAACAAGUUCAAAGCCAAGUUGUUGAAAUAUGCAAACAAGAUUCUGGAGAACUAGAGAAGGAAAGAACUCGUGCUAGCUUCCUCACUCAGAGUCUCAUCCUCACAAGAAGAUCUUCUGUAAACAUGUUUCGAGACCUGGGCUAUUACUGGUUGCGUCUGGCAAUCUAUACGUCCCUAGCCAUAGGUCUUGCUACUGUGUUUUCAGACAUGGGAUUCAGUUAUAAUUCAAUCCAGGAUAGAGGCUCACUGCUAAUGUUUAUUGCUACUUUCUUAACGUUCAUGACCAUUGGUGGAUUCCCUUCUUUUGUGGAGGACAUGAAGGUAUUUGAAAGGGAAAGAUUAAAUGGGCAUUAUGGAGCAGCUGCAUUUGUCCUUGCCAACACAUUCUCUUCUAUACCGUACUUGCUGCUAGUAUCACUAAUUCCUGGAGCUAUAACUUACUACUUUCCAGGGCUUCACAAGGGAUUUGAACACUUCCUAUUUUUUAUUAUCGCAUUAUUCGCUUGUUUGAUGCUAGUUGAGAGCUUGAUGAUGACUGUUGCAAGCAUUGUACCUAAUUUUCUGAUGGGUAUUAUAACUGGAUCUGGGAUUCAAGGACUCAUGAUUUUAGGUGGAGGAUUCUUCAGGUUGCCAAAUGACCUUCCGGGGCCAAUUUGGAAAUACCCAAUGUACUAUAUUUCUUUCCAUAGGUAUGCUUACCAGGGCAUGUUCAAAAAUGAAUUUGAAGGUCUAACCUUUGCUACUAAUAAUCAAGCUGGACGCCUGGAAGGUUCACCAACCAUUGGUGGUGAAGAAAUUUUAAGGAAUAUAUGGCAAGUGGAUUUGAGUUACUCUAAGUGGGUUGAUCUUGCCGUUUUAUUAGGAAUGGUUAUUCUUUACAGGCUUCUAUUCUUGGGUAUUAUCAAGACUACAGAGAAGGUUAAGCCUAUGAUUGUAGCUUUUUUUUCAGUGCCUCCCAAGCAAACUACACAGGUCAUGGAGAAUCCCAUCACUACACCUUUGCAUAGGGAGAAUGUGUAGAGAAUAUGGUAAUGCUACUAUUGCUUAUGUCGAUUAGAGAUCAAUAACUGCAUAUUUGCAAUAGUGAAAUCCAAUAUCAUAUAUAUUCAGCAGUACAUUCUUGAAGAAUUUGUUUGAUUCUCAUUCCCUAAAUCAAAAUUUAUCUGUGUAUAUUCAA